UUCAACGUCCUCCUCCCACAGCACAAGUAACACUCCGACACAAUGGGGCUGUAAUGUCAGCGACGGGCGAGAUUUGAGCAUCUUCUCAAGAGUACUGAAUCAGUGUAUGGAUUUAAUGAUGAUGAAGAAGAAGAAAUUCAAGUUCAAGGUGGAUUUUGAGCUGAACGAGCUUUCCUCGGUCCCCUUUGUGAACGGUGUCCUCUUCUGUAAAGUCCGGCUGCUGGACGGCGGGUUUUCAGAGGAGUCAUCUAGGGAGCCAGUGCAUGCCAACAGUGUACGAUGGAGGAAACGGUUCUCUUUCCCCUGCAAGAUGAGUGCCAAUGCAGGGACGGGUGUACUGGACCCUUGUGUGUGCCGUGUGUCUGUCAGAAAGGAGCUGAAAGGUGGAAAAGCAUUUGCAAAGCUUGGUUUUGCAGAUCUGAAUUUAGCAGAGUUUGCUGGCUCAGGGAAUACAACUCGCAGAUGUCUGCUGGAAGGCUACGAUACCAAAAAUACUCGCCAGGAUAACUCCAUUCUCAAGGUCAUCAUCAGUACACAGCUCAUGUCAGGAGACCCCUGUUUUAAAACGCCCCCCUCCACAGCCACAGUGAUCGGGAUCCAGGGUGAUGGAGAGAGCCUGCUGGAGGAGAGGAGAGGAGGCGACUCACAGAAAGGAUGUUCUGCAGAGAGUCGAGAAGGGAAGUGUCCUGUUGUUUCCGAUGAACUCGGGGGCUGUGGCCACUCCCGAACAUCCAGCUACGCCAGCCAACAGUCCAAACUCUCAGGAUACAGCACAGGUCACUCCCGCUCCUCCAGCAUGUCAGAGUUCAGCCACCGGAGAAACCACUCAGUGGGUAGCGCCUCGACGGGCAUCGGUAGCAUCCCAGAGCCAAGCGACGACCGAGAGUCCAGACCCUGUCCAGCUCUACCUGAACACCCGGUCCCCCCUGCAACCACUAGCAACUCAGCGGGGACACCUGUACGGAGCGCCUCGUCCUGUGAACGCCUCAACAGACACCCUGUGAAGCAGGACUCUAUGGAGUCUCAGCUGAAGAGAAUGGACGACACGCGGGUCGAUGCUGACGAUGUUGUGGAAAAGAUUCUCCAGAGUCAAGACUUCACACCAAGCCUACUAGACUCCAGUGCUGAAGAGGAAGGCUUACGCCUGUUCGUCGGCCCUGGGGGAAGCACGGCGCUGGGAAGCCAUCACCUCCCCACCAGGGUUGGUGCUGGAGCGUACGAGCAGGUGGUGAUAAAGCGUUAAGACCUGCAGCCUCAAAGAUGGGGAUUCACACCGAUGACAUCGAGGCAAGCCUGUGUCGAUAUCAAUCUGCAUUCCUACAGCGCGCCUGAUCACUCUGAACGGUUGACAUGACAACAGCGCCCUCCUGUGUUCAUAUGUCUUUUUCGACACUGUAGCUCCCAGAGAAGGUGAACAUACAGAUAUGAUAUUGAAAAAAUAACAUGUAACGAAAACUGUCCACGCCUCAUUUUCUAGGUGUUUCUAGACUAAUCUUUUUGAGGUCACACUUUAUCAGUGAGCAUUCAAACCAAACCCAUUUUAAACGUUUAGGAACUUGAAGACGACAAGUUAUUGAUGUGGGCAUCAUGGCACUGAAAUUCACACUGAAGAGGAGUAUGCAAUGCGCUUUCAAUACAUUCCUUUAGUCUCUCAGUGUUUGUUUUAGGCUUCCUUUUCAAAUAGGGUGUUCUUUUUAAUAUUCACCUAUACGCUGCUUAAACGUUGUAGUUGUUGGCACUCUGAUAACAGUUUUGGAAGUUGAGAAUAUUUUACUACAAAGAAGAGGCAUCAGCUAUUUGACGAGUGAACGCGUGUGUGAAUGUGUUUGCUAUGUGGCACAUUUUAUAAUUAGCAGUAACACAAUCUCUUGUAAGAAUUGCUGUAUUGGUACUUUCAAAGAGAAAUUGGGAGAACAUAAGAAUUUGCUGACUUAGUAUUUGUUUGCUGAGCACUAUUUUGGUAAAUCCUGCAGAAAUAAUCUGCCCUACAAAGGCAAGCGCAGAAUCAAUACAUUUGUUCAGAACUUGGGUUUUCAAAUCUAGAUUUUAGGACAAUAACUGACAUCUAAGUAAUUCAGUUUCUUGAUCUCACUCUCUCAGCACAUCUUAAUUACCUCCAUCUUUGCCUUUUACUUAUAUUUAGGUGCGUUGGUGUUACUAAGCUACCUUAAAAUCACAUAUAUAAAUGAUUUCACUAUAAAUAUAUUAUAACAGAACAAACAGAAAUACAUUUAUCUUAUAUAAUCUAAAGACUAUAAACAUUUAACAAAGAUUAAAAGUUUAAAAGGAAAAUAAAGCUGAAAUAACACAUAAUGAUGGUACAAACUGUUUUCCUCUCAAAAUCCUCUAAAGAUUAUCCAAACACCAAGUACAGUAUCUGUUUUUAUUUUUGCCCUUUUUUGUAUUAUCUUAAUCCUAUGGCAACUAAUUUUAUUGGUAAUAUAAUCCGCCUUAAUUGUUAAAAUGAAGGACGGUAUUACAACUUUGUUGUCUGUUAAGCAGUUUGCCUUUCUUCUCAAGUGACAGCUGUCUGCCUUUGUAGGGCUGUAAAUAGAGAGCAUAAAAAGGGGCUUCUAUGAUAAAAACGACUAUAAAAAGGGCAUAUAUCUAAUGCCCAGCUUUUCUGCUAUGUGUCUAAUGUAUAACUGCUUAGCGAGGUUAACUACAUCUUUCUGAGCUGGCCUGUUGACCAGGAAGCUACCAUCUGUGAACAAAUGGAAGAUCCUGUGACGUACUAACAAUUCAACCUGUGUAACUGACGCAUAUCGUAAUUUGUAUCACUCAAGGAUUGUACAGAGAAAGAUUGUAAAGUGAAGGACUAGUUCAGUAAUCCACUGCCAUGAAGAAAAUACUCAACUGCACCUGUUUUUAGAUAAAAAAACAUGUGUAUCUUUACCUCAGAACAUCUGAACUGUAAGAACAGUCCGAUUAACCGACGCAAUCAAUACAUAAACGAUUAGUGCUCAAAUGUGAUCAAACAAUAUAAAUCUACUGAAAAUGUCAUCCAGCCUAAUAGGAGAUUAGGUGCACAAUGUAUUCAGUUCAUAAGCAAAUUAGCCAAAGUACACAACACACUGUUAUUAUCUUGACAGCCCUAUGCAUAAUGAGAAUAUUAGCCGCUUUAUAACUAGUGAUAACAGACCGUACAGUAUCUGUAAUAUUCUGUCUCCCGUCAUAAGCCAUAGUAGAGGUAGGAUACCUCCUCUUCUAGAUAAACUACUUGUUAUAUCAAUAUCCGCACAAGCUUCAUCAGUGUAUGGUGUUUUAACUAUACGUCAGUGUUCUGUUUUUACGUUGGUGUGUUCUGCAUGAUUAAGACGUCCUUUUGUUGGCUUGCAGAACUUGACACAUAUUCAUAUAUGUCCUAAUUUGAUGUCGUGCCAUCUUUUAAUCUGAAUAUUGAACACAUCGAAGGAACCAUUUUGCUUGCCUAUUCAGCAUGUAGGAAAACAUUUUGUCGUCAUGUUAACAGCAGAUAUCUGCACCGUGUAUGAUGUAACUGUAAAUCCAUGUUUUCAUUUUGUGUUUUUCAUUUUUGGUAUGGUGUAAAUGUCCCAUGUUGAAAUCUCAUCUAUAAAAGAAAACUUUUUCUUUUUUAUCAUGAAUUGCUGAUAUUGUGCCAUAUUUUUGCUAAAUAUUGUAUUGUUUGGAAAACAAAUGUUCUCACUGCAUAAGACAGUGUUAAGUUUAUGAUUUAUGGUAACCAAAUAUCAACUAUUGGAAGUUUAUUUUCUUUUUUUAAGAUAAAAUAUAUUGAGUUUUACCUGUGAUCAUCAGGUGUGAUUAUCUUGGUACCGAACAUGUUGUUACAGACAUGGUUUCUUCUUCUCUUCUGUGAAGCUGUUGUCUAUAUAAAACUGUAAAGUGUAUUCUCCUGUGAAGUGGUGUUCUGCGCUGUUAUGACACUGUCCAGUGUUUCCUGUUACAGACUUGUGCUUUUGACCAACAUUUGCUUCCUAUACGAGUAUACUGGAUGCUUCAAAUGUGUACAUGGCACUGUUGAAUAAAACUGUUAAAAACCUUGA